CGAAAAAUCGCGAAAGACGCCCUCUUUCUUUCCAUCCAGCUCACCGCUCUCGCUCACUCUCCCAUACAAGCGACAACAAGCGACAAGCAAAAGCAAACCAAAAAGCUCCGUCCACCAACCUCUGUGUGGCCACUGGCGUCUUGAUACCCUUCCCUUGUCUAUCCACCACACAACAGUUGAAGCCAACCAAACACCAUGAUCCUUCUUGAGGUCGAGAACCGCAUCCUUUCGGAGGUGCUCUCCAGCCGCGCAUCGGAGACAGAGGAGAUCGCCCCCGUGGACAUGACGGUUGCCGACUUUGACGGCACCAUGUAUCAUGUGUCCAACCCCGAGGGUGAUGCCACCAAGGUCCUCGUCAGCAUCUCCGUGCCUUUCUUCCACCAACUGCAGCAGUUUGACGUCGAUUCGUUCAUGAAGGGCAUCUACGGCGACAUGGUCACCAGCCCCGAGAGCGGUUAUGACUUCUCUCUGCUCGUGGACAUCAGCAAGCUUGGCGCAAACCCUGAGGUGACCAUCUCCAACGUGGCCCGCCUUCGCCGCAACUGCUUCGCAGCCGUCUUCACCAAGUUCUUCCAGAUGCAGAAGGACGGCAAGAUGGACUCGAUUGUGUUGAACUACAAGGAGAAGGAGACGAUGUUCAUCAACGCCAUGAAGGACCGCGUCACCGUCAUCUUCAGCACACUCUUCACAGACAAGGACGACAUUGUCAUCGGCAAAGUCUUCAUGAAGGCGUUCCAAGAUGUGCGCGGGCGCAACCCGUCUGCGCCGCAGGUUCUGUUUGGUCACGCCAAGGAUGUUCCACGCGAGCUCGAGGGCACCUCUGCACUCACCGGCGACAAUGUCGGCUACGUCACCUUUGUGCUGUUCCCACGCCACAUCUCGGACGAUAAGAUGGACCACACCAUUGACCUGAUCCACACGUUCCGUGACUACCUGCACUAUCACAUCAAGUGCUCAAAGGCCUACCUGCACCAGCGCAUGCGCGCGCGCACAUCGUCCCUGCUCAAGGUGCUCAACCGCGCCCGCCCCGAUGCAGAGAAGGAGAAGAAGACGGCAACCGGCCGAACGUUUGUGCGCAAGUGAUCACUCCCCAACUUGCCGUCCCAUUUGUCACCAUCCCCCAACCAUCAAACAACGCACCCGUACCAGUCACAAGUUCGCGCCCCCUUCAAAUGUUGGGUGUGUGUUUGUUUGUCACUUUUUUCUCUUUGUCCCCUUUGCCGUCGUGUGUGUUGCAUCUUUUCGUUGUUGCUUGCUUGUCUACGAAGCAGCAGUCUUUGUUAACCUCCACCCAUCUGCGCCUGCCUGCAAUUCAGGCUGCGCUCUUUGUCUCUAUGUCUCAUGAUUGUCUCAUGAUGGUUGACGAUGCUCGUGCGUUGUCGCUGUCAUCUUGUGCGUAAUUGUCUCUUCUGUUGUGUCCACGACUGUGCUGUUGUUUGUUUGUGAAUGAAAGCAGACCAGCAAGUACCGCGCUGUUCAUUAUUGUGUUCCCCUUGCUUUGGCUGUUGGUUGGGAGACAGAGAGGCGUGCAAGCAGACACACAUACCACACGCGCAAUCAUCGCACAUAAACACCAGUCAGAGCAAGGACACUGCGAAAUCCUGGUCUCGUCGUUUAUUCCCUCAGCCCUCCUCCGCCCUCGCUCGCUCCCUCACACACACAAUAUAGACAUA